GCAAAAAUACUGGAAGAUUAAUGGCUUUAUUUUGAAAGUGUUCCGUUGGACUCAUGAUUUUGAUCCAAAUAUUGAUUCCCCAUUGAUUCCAGUUUGGAUUAGUCUUGAAGGUCUUCCCAUUCAAUUUUUUGAUUUUCUGGCUUUAUAUUCCAUUACCAAUUUGAUUGGUAAACCACUGAAAACUGAUGCUGCAACAGCAAGCCUGUCAAGGCCAUCUGUUGCACGUAUUUGUGUUGAGGUUGAUACCAGUGAGGAACUGCCCCAUGGUGUCUGGAUACAUCUUGGACAACUUACUUUUCAUCAACCUAUCCACUAUGAAGAUCUCCCUGAAUGCUGCCCCUCUUGCAAAUCCUUUGGACACAAAAACUGCAAAAAAGCCACAAAAUCCACUGUUGGUGAAGGAAUUGCCAGGGACUAGGAAUACAGCUCUUGCUGUAGCCGUCCCUCUGUUGCAAACGGUGGACACCACCUUAAAACUUGUGGCAAAACAAGUUGAUAGUCAGAAUCAGGAUGGUGCUAAUGAAAAUGAUACCACUUCUGUAGAAACAAAUUCUCCUGCCCAGGUUGAAACAAAUUUGAUUCAAUCUGAUCAAAAAUCUGAGGCAAUUAAUCUAGAACAGAUACUAGAACCUGGAGCUGAAACCCUUGAAAUAGAUCAUGAGGUACAAUCUGCAAGCGACACGUAUACAAAUAUGGCAAGAGUUGAAGCUUUGGCAACCACCAUUGUUAAUGGUAGGGAUGCUAAGGCUCCCGAGCCAGCUGGCAGUGCUGAAGUCAAAGUUGCGUUGGUAGAGCUUGAACAAAUCUGUAGUGCUGAACCUGCAACAGUUUGGAAAAUUAUUCUUCAGACUCGUGUUAUCUCUGCCAUGUUCUAUAUUGGAUUAUGUAAGAGAUUUAUGAAUUGCAUGUUUUUAAAUGCAUGUUAUAUGGAGGACCCUAACGACUUCCAAGAUGUACAGAAAAGACACAGCAAAAAAGCGGGGAAGAGGGGAACUGCACCAAGGACGAUUAAAACUAGAAGCUACGAUCCAAAUCUUGAAGUUGGAACGGUGAGCGAGAUCACUAGAUACUGGCCCAGCCGCAAAUCAACCAAAAUGGAGAAAAUCGUCACCACCAAAAGUUAUUCUGGGCCCUUUUGGUAUGUUGGACCCGUCGGCCCAAUUGGGGCAGAUGGGAAAAGGCCAAAGAAAAUAAUGCCCAGAAACCUUGCCUUGGAUCAGCACCCGGGUUUUAUAAUUUGGGAAUGACCAUCUAUUUCCAGAUUCUAGGCGUUGCGUAUNGUCAUUUUUGACCUAGGGCUGAACCUGCAACAGUUUGGUAAAUUAUUCUUCAGAUUUUUAGACUCAAAAUCUGGCCUGAAUUCAUCCUUGGGCUACAAAAACUUUGCACAAACAUCCAUAAAGGUUUGCUCAGUCCCUGUAGUUGGGUAAAAGGGUGACCGUUACUCACAACUGUCUACUUCUCAGUCCUACCACAUUACAGGUUACUCAUCACCAGACUUACUCCAAAGCUAUUGCCAAUGAAUCGCAGGUUAUUUGUCACAAGAGGGGGGAUACGAAAUGGACCAAAGGCAUUGAAACCUCAACCUCUGAUAAGUACUUUCAAUAGCUCAUUGCACCCAAACUUGAAUGCCCACUGCCAUAAAAAAAAGAACGACAAUCCCAGUAAAACCCCACGAAAGUAGGGUUUGGAGAAGGUGCUUAAGGCCAUGUGACAUUCAGAUUCCACUAAACCGUCUAUAUUUACCCUGUCAAACGCCACACACAAUGGUUGGUCUUCAUUCUUAAAGCCUGUUAAUGUCAUAUUCAUUCUUUUUGUACUUAUUCACAAUUUUUAAACAUGGGAAUAGCUUAAUGCACCCCUGCAAUUGGUUGUUGGGUUAGGUUCUGGGCUUGCGGGUACAAUCCGUUGGAUUUUAAUUUUUAGGUCAGACUCUAGGUCGUGUUUUGAGUUAAGCCAAUUGCGUUUUACUUUCUUGUUUUUUGUUGAGGUUCUAAAUACUAUCAAGAUUUCUUAAAGACUAUGUUGAAAAUACUUUUCACCCUUACCAUUAUUUCGAAAUACACUUUCUGAAUUUUUAUGAUAUUAUUUGAAAUUUGGUUUAUACCAUCAGCAAUUCAAAUGGUAGUUGUUGUUUUGAAUUUAUUUUUUCACUACAAUCUCUGAAACUUUACUCUAUCAAGGAAUAAAAGGGUUACAUAUUU